AUGGCCGACUCCCAGGAGUCCUUCUGGGAUGAAACGGACAACGCCACUCAGCUACACGCCGCGUUCGACGAGGCACAGGCGCACGCGCAGUCGAGGCCGAAUGCGACCAUCGCCACCGCCGCGGUCCUCUCUCCGCAGCCGGCGGCGAGGCCGAAUGCGACCAUCGCCACCGCCGCGGUCCUCUCUCCGCAGCCGGCGGCGAGGCCGAAUGCGACCAUCGCCACCGCCGCGGUCCUCUCUCCGCAGCCGGCGCUCGGUGCACCAGGGUCAUCGAGCGCUAGGCCGUCGCCGCCGCGCCUGCCGCCUUCCUCCGAGGCGAGGCUCUCGCAGACUAUGCCUCAGCGGCGCGUACCCUCGUCGCCCGCCGCUUCCUCCGCCUCGUUGCACUCCUCCUCCGCCUCCUCCAUCGCGUCGCCCGCCUCUUCGUCUCGCCCGGGACCGGCAUCCACGCCAGACAGCAGCUCAUCGCUCGCGAGCCCGUUGUCGCUGCCUUCGCCGCUGCCGCUUCCCUUUCCCCUUCGGUUCGUGCUGAAGGCCGCCGGAGUGGCGAGAAUCGACGCGGCGGCCCGGCGGUCGCUUCUCGACGCCUUCACGCGCGAGGGCUGGCCGGGCGUCCUCAGGGCCACCGCCGGCGGCAGGCUGCGGAACGUCAAGCGGAUCGCGGUGCCGACGCCGCCGCCGGCGACCAAGGAGCCGGGCCGGCGGAUGACUUGCGGCUAUCGCGUGCGGUACGACCCCGAGACGGGCCAUGUCGCGUGCCUGUGGCCGAGGCUGCGGCCCGAGACCAAGGCGGACCGGGUGCUCGGCGCGGACCAGCUGCUGCAGGUCGAGUUCGCGGGCGAGGGGCUGGAGCAGGUCGUCGGCGCGGGCGGCCGCCGGGGGGGCGGCUGCUUCAAUUGCGGCGGCACCGGCCACUUUGUAAACGCUUGCCCGCGCCCGAAGCGCUUCAAGGCGGGAUCAGGCGAGACGCCCAUCGAGAAGCAGGAGCGGCUCAUGGCGAGAGACGAGCUCAAGGAGAAGAUCUUCCCAAGGCUUUUCCGGCUCGCUCUGUGCGACCGCACCUACGAGUUUGUCGGUGGCAAGGACGCCGGCAAGGGCGCCAGGCUGCCCGGCAAGGGCGGGAUCGUCUAUUUCCUCGCCGUAAACGGCCCGCCGUGCGACAAGCCGCCGUCGGGCUUUUGGACCGUUGAGGCGGCUUGGCGCGCGCUGGCAGACUUCAGGCGCUGCGCCACCGUGCCCAAGAUGUGCGCGCGCCUCGAGCUCGCCUUUAGCGCCACGGCACCGGCGCUCGUGGAGGCCGACGGCCGCUCCUACCACGCGCUCGACUUGCGGGGCCGCUGCGGAGGCGUGUGGAGCCAGUUUCAGGGGUUGCUGGCGGAGGCGCUGGCGCGAGCGCGAGCGGGGAGCCGGCAGGGCGACAUCUUUGUCGUCGCCGUCGACGACGUGGUGGGACGCCUCCCGAGCGGCGAGGCGGCCGUCGACCCUGCGGGCGGCGAGCACCUGAUGACGGACGGCUGCGGCAUGGCCUCGGCGAACGUGGUGCAGCAGAUCGCGGCGGAGCUGGGCUGGACGAGCGUGCCGCUGCAGACGCAGCUGCGGGCCUGGUGGGGUGGCUCCCUCGCCAAGGGGGUGCUCAGCACGUCGGCCGUGCUGCCGCCGUCCACCAUCCUCGUGCGCGCCUCGCAGAUCAAGGUGGACGCGGUCGCGCGGGGCCCGCCGUGCGGCAAUGGCCCGCACGCGGCGAGACCGCGGGCGAGCCUCGAGAUCAAUGGGCGACAGCGGAGGCCGUCGCAGGCGCACACCUCCCCCUUCCUGGUCCCGCUCCUCGAGGCGCUCGGCGGCCCACCCAUGGUGGAGCUGCUGCUCGAGCUGCAGAGUGCUGCCGCCGAGCCGAUGGCGAGAUAUCUGAAGCUCGUCAGCGAGGGGAGGGAGUUGAGCGACGACGACGUCGUCUCGUUGGCGAGGCAGGUGGAGCCGAUGCCGGCGACGGCGGCGCUGCCGGGCUCGCCGACGCUGCUGGCCAUGCUCAUGACGCCCGGCAUCGACACCCGCGACGAGCACGUCCGCUCCCUCCUCAUGAGCGAGCUAAAGCGGCAGCUCGCUCAGCUGCGGCGCGGCCGGUUCGCCAUCGCGGAUUCGAUGACGCUCAUGGCGUCGGUCGACCACACCGGCACGUUAGGGGAGGGCGAGGUGGUCUGCCUCGAGCACGGCAGAGCCGCCGUACUCGGCCGCUGCUUGCUCUACAAGUCGCCUGGCAUCCACUUGGGCGAUGUGCGCGCUGUGCGCGCCGUGGCGCCGACGCCCGCUAUGAGCGAGCACCUCGCCUUUGCGCCCGACGGGCAGCACGGGCUCAUCGUGUCGUGUCAGGGCGAGCGUUCCGUCCUCGACAUGAUUGCGGGCUCCGACGCCGACGGCGACUGCUUCACCGUCCUCUUCAACGAGAGGCUGCUGAGCCUGCUGCCCGACGAGGCACUGCACCGCCCGUGGGUCAAGCAGGUGAAGCCGCCGCCGCCAAUGGCCAGGCCCCAGCCGUCGCCGCCGAAACCACUCGCGUUGGGGCAGUCGGAGCUGCUGCGGGCCAUGAAGGAGCACCUCAUACGAUUGAAGCAGGGCCACGAUCUGGUGACGAAGACGAGCACGGCUUGGAAGGUCAACACGGACAAGCAUGGGGCUCGGCACCACGACAGCCUCGUGGUGCUGGUCCAUCUCAACAUGGAGGCGCUCGACUCGGGCAAGUCUGGCGCGCUGCCGACGCUGCCCUCAAAGUUCCAAACCAUCUCCUUGCCACCGCAUCUGCAAAAGCCGCGCGGCGAGGGGGAGGCCGCGAUGGGCAGGAGAGGCGGGCAAGCAGUGCGGGGCGCUGGAAGCGCGCUCUUGCGCAUGUAUGAGGCGGUCGAGUUCAACGUCAUCACCGGCAUCGUCGAGAGGCAAGAGUGCCCCCCUGUCUGGAUCGACCCCGACCUAGCGCGGCUCGAGACCGAGGUGCCGCCCGACCAGCGGCGACCGUUGAUGGACAAGUGGCUUGGCCGUGCCACACAGUACUCUCAGGACAUCAAGGAGGACACCAAGGCUCGCGGCGGCGGCUUCGAUUCCGAGGCUUGGAUGCGCAUCGUUGCCCACUACCGUGCCCUGCUCGUGGACGGAGAGGACUUGGGCGACCCCAGCGCCCAGCUGCGGUCCAACUGCUACGCGCUCUACGAGGCGAUCUACCUCUCGCGAAGUAACGAGAUGUGCGGCUGGUGCGCCAAGUGCCGCGAGCCGCCCGCGAGCCAUCCGCGCAACUUCCGCUUCGUUUGGGCGGUCGCCGGCGAUCUGCUCCUCUUCCUCAAAGCCACCAACCGCCGGCGAGCCACGCAGGCUGGCCUCGCCCCAGAGGCCCGCACCGCGCCCUCGAUAGUAGACCCGGGCCGGUUCCAUCUUCUGACGCAACGGAGAGAUCGGCGCGCGAUCCAUCCGGACGAGACGGCGCCUGGGGAGGAGGAAGAGCUUGACCCGCUGCUCGCAGCGGAGUUGGCUGCUGGGUGA